CUGGCGUGUGCGUGUCAGCGAACGCGAUGACGUAGCACGCAGUCCAUCUUCGGCCUGUACGGAGAGCUGAAUCCGGGAGCUCGAGUGUAGAACGGAGCCGGUCUUAGAGGCAUCACACCCGGAUUCGUUAUGAGUAAAAGGAAGGCCCCGCAAGAGUCACCGAACGAUGGGAUUACAGACUUCCUGACUGGUGAGAUGGGUGGAGGGGAUCCAGCGAGCUGGGCCUGGCCUGGCAUUGUAUGGACAGCCCUGCAUGGAGCACACACACCAUGAGCUGGACACCAAACCAUGCACUGCACUGUGCAAUACAUCUCAUGCACCAUCCACAUCCCCAGCACAGCACAGCAUGCAUCAUCCACAUCCCCAGCACAGCAUGCACAUCCACAUCCACAGCACAGCAUGCACCAUCCACAUCCCCAGCACAGCAUGCACAUCCACAUCCCCAGCAUGCACCAUCGCCAUCAUCAUCUGUGUUUAUUAAAGGGACACUGCACACACCAUAACCACUGCAGACAGGUGUAGUGGUUAUGAUGCAAAGACUCUGGGUGUAGUCCCUCAGGAGUUCGUCAAACUAUUUUCAGGUUUCUAUAGCCCUAAAGGGAAACCCUCACUUCUCGUUUUUUGUUUUUUUUUUAAAUUUGUGUUAACUUGUCAUAUAUAUAGAUAUAGAUAUAUAUUUGUGAUACAUAAUGAAUUCUUGUUUGCACGGUAGACUGCUUGAGGACUAUAAAAAAGAAAAUACAUACUUAAUCAGCAUAUUAAUAAAAAGAGGACAUCUUUCUAAAAUCAUCUUAAUGAAAAAUGUUUGCAGUAAUACAAGGAGCUUAUACUUGUAUAAAAAUAGCAAAAUGCACAAUAAAUUUGCCACUGGAUGGCAGUACACACACACAGAAAAUGUAUAAAGGCAGUUGCUUAUAUUAGAAACAAUGUAACUCAAAAUUUAAUGCAUUAGGCUUGCCAGAUCAUGGUUGUUGCAUUGUAGUGCAACCCUUAUUUUUGUGGAAAGUAUCAAAUUCUUUUAUCAUAAAUUGUGUGCUCUCAUUCUUUUCUACAUUUCAACAUUGAUGCUGUGUUUAGGAAUUACACACUGACAAUUUUAUUUAAUGUAUGUUCUGAUUUUUUUACUGCAUGCUUUUUUAUUUAGGUAACUUUCAUAGGAGACGUCUGCUUAGUUUUAGCUCUGCAUUUUAUCAAAUUGUUUGCAUUUGAGCAAUCGCCUGAGCAUCUUCUGUCCCUGUAUGUCCAAGCUGCCUUGUUGCAACUACUUGUUUGUUCGUCCACCUAUUGUACAGCGCUGCAAAAUUAGCCGUGCCCUAAAAGUAAUAAUCAUAGCUGACUGCAUGGUAAAGAUAUAUACUUAUAACACUCAUCUUUCUGCAUGUAUAUUUGCUUCCCUAUUCAUUGCCCAGAGCACCAUUGUAUGAAAAACUUUUGGUAUUCCAUAAUGUUUGUAUUUUUUUUAACCAAAACCCCACCACUUUCUAAAGAGUGCUUGCGGGUUUAAAUUACAAAAUAAAGGCUUGAGCUUACCUUUACUUUUUGUGUCUUUCCAGAGCUGGCUAAUUAUGAACGAAAUGUAAACAGAGCCAUCCAUAAGUACAAUGCAUACAGGUAUGUGUGUGUAUAUGGUUUGAUGUGCAGAUUCCAUGUAAAUUCGUUACUGAUGUCUCCGAUCUACAAAUGUAGUAGUAGUUUCUGUGUGUUGGAUUGAUCAUAUCAAAUUACAUAGCCCAUUGAUGAUAUUAUGAGUUCCCUGGCACGUCACCUGAUAAGGAGUGAAAGGGACUCAAACAGUUACAGAGCAUAUUUUCCCGGUUCAUCAUGAAAUGUGUUGUUCAAUGCAGUCUUCUUAUUAGUGUCUUGUGAUUUUAUAACUUUUUUUGUUUUGUUUUUUCAGAAAGGCAGCAUCUGUUAUUUCUAAAUACCCCACAAAAAUAAAGAGUGGUGCAGAAGCAAAAAAACUGGUGAGUACUGGCACUGACCUCUCCAAUACCCCUAAAGAAUUUGUGACAUUCUAUAUGAAACCAUUGACUAUAAACUUGGAGUGGCAGUAUGAAUCGAAAAUACGCUGUGAACAGAGUUUUUUUUUUUUUAAAGAAAGGGGAUUUAGAAACAAGAAUAGCCCUGUUUGUUUUUCGUGGAAAUCUUGAGGACAAGAGAUCUUUAAGAUUUACUUUUAUUUUGUAGGAUGGUGUCGGAGCCAAAAUAGCAGAGAAGAUUGAUGAGUUCCUGGCCACCGGAAAACUACGCAAAAUUGAAAAGGUAAAAUAUUCAAUCGGCAUUAUUUAGUAUUUCAGUGAUGGCUUUUAUACUACCUACCUCUGACCCCACCCAAAAUCUAUCUGCUAGUGUGUAUAUAUAUAUAUGCAUAUGUGUGUGUGUGUGUGUGUAUAUAUAUGUAUAUGUGUUCCUACAAUAUAAAUAUAUUUGGUAUAUGUUAUAUACUCCGUGGUACAGCAUUCAGUUGCAUUAAUCUUCUAUUUUAAUUUUUGCUUCUUCAAAAUAUGCAUUUAAAUGCUUUUGCUGCAUUUGAUUAGUAAAAUUACCACUUACCCUUGUAGAUACAGAGCAUUCCUAACUUGACUGUCACUUUUGAGAUACAGUGUAUGGUAUGACCACCACUCACUUUGCUUGACAACUGAUCAGGCCUGUCCUCUAGAGAGUGUUGUACUAUGCUACUUUAUGUGGUCAAUACGAACAUACAUUAUUUAUGCCUCUUUCUGGAGACUCUACCAAGGCUCUCUCUUUUCCUAUGCUCAAGGAGGCAUACGCUUUGGUUUGGAACCAAAUAGUUUGAUUGUUUCAUAUUUGAAAUAAUCCCUCCAUUUAACAAUGUAUUUUAAAAAUUUAACUCUCAUGCUAGGACUUUGAUAGAUAAAAAUGUAUUUAAGUAUGAUACAUGAGUAGUGUUAGUGUUUUCAACACUUAACAAAAUAAUCUGCCAACAAUGACUUGGUUAAGCAUUGAACAGAGCAAUGUGAAUUAAGGAUUGUAAAAUAAUUAGCUGUUUUCAUAUCUAGGUCAGCAUGUCUAAUGUUGUGCUAUAUCCUUUAUUCCGAAUACUUUUAAUUUCUAAAUUUUCACUCUAGAUUCGACAAGAUGAUACAAGUUCCUCAAUUAAUUUCCUAACAAGGGUCAGUGGUAUAGGGUAAGUAACCAUUUCUAACUUUUCACAUCUGCACAAAUUUAUCUGUUUCCAGGAUCACUUACCUGGCUAUUAAAAUAAAUAAAAAUAAGUCACUUUGGCUCCUAACUUAGUUUGGGAAGCUGUGAAAGUCUACACAUAGUGUUUUGCCAAACACUGCACAUUGAACAUAUUUUAGGUUUGUAUUAUAUUACAAAAAUAUAUAUGUGUUCUUUCUCAACUUGGUUAAAUCCUAACAGCAGUCACAAAUGAUGGCUGUGGGAUUCAGGCUUUGUUUAUUGAGGGUCUCUUACAGUUCUCCAUAGACCUCAGUGUUGUAGUUUUGCGAAUGCGCAAGAGUACAACACUGCUGUGGCUCCAGACAACUGAAGUGCCUUGAGCUGAAGAUGGCAUCUGCAAGGGACAGCCUGAGGUUAGUUAAAGUCACCAACCUCUGCUGCAUCCCACACCCACUUACCGGAUCUGUCCGUUUAAACUUUGAAGAGUUGAGUACAUUGUCAUUAGUUAUUUUUAUGUAAUAAACUUGAAGUGGCAUUUUAUAUCUCCUUAAGUCUACUAAAAGCCAGCCUCAGGCUGUCAAAUGUUUGUUCACUUGUGAAUAGUCGUUCUAAGUAUUGGAAUGUUUAACCAUAUGGCCAUUCUUUACGAAGGAAAAAGAAUGAGAAUUUAAUGUUAAAUAAUUGACUCUCAUAUUCCAUUUUGUGUUAUAUUUAACAGGCCGGCUGCUGCUCGGAAACUGGUGGAAGAAGGAAUUAAGACAUUGGAAGGUAUUUUGAUAUUGUUUCUAUCCCUUGUAUGAUAACUGGACUUCAUACAAUUCACGUGUUAUCUUUGCAUGUUGCUGGUAAAAUAAAAUAAUAUAUUUAAUGAUGACUGCAUUUGCUUCUGCAAGACAGCAACUAUAAAAUGAUGUGACUGGUUAUGCACAUAGCUACCUGCCACCAAAUAUUGCAGAUUAUUGCCAAUGAUUCAUGGAGAUUGCAGUAUUUGGACACAUCCUUAAAGGACCACUCUAGGCACCCAGACCACUUCAGCUUAAUGAAGUGGUCUGGGUGCCUGGUUCAGCUAGGAUUUACCCAUUUUUUUUAUAAACAUAGCAGUUUCAGAGAAACUGCUAUGUUUACAAAUGGGUUAAUCCUUCCUCCAAUUCCUCUAGCGGCUCUCUCAUUGACAGCCGCUAGAGGCGCUUGCGUGAUUCUCACUGUGAAAAUCACAGUGAGAGCACGCACGCGUCCAUAGGAAAGCAUUAUAAAUGCUUUCCCAUGCGACCGGCUGAAUGUGCGCGCAGCCAGCCGAAUGGGAGGAUCGAAGGAGGAAAGCUCCCCGCCCAGCACUGGAAAAAGGUACGUUUUUACCCCUUUCCUCUCCCCAGAGCCGUGUGGGAGGGGGACCCUGAGGGUGGGGGCACCUUCAGGGCACUAUAGUGCCAGGAAAACGAGUAUGUUUUCCUGGCACUUUAGUGGUCCUUUUAAGUGAAUGGCCAUGUUUGUAGUACUAAGGAGCUGGGCAGCAUGGCACAGGAAGCCCAUCAUUGUAAAGUAAAAUAACUUAUUAUAUAUAUGUUGGUUAUUUUGCUAGCACAAUGGCAAAAUAAACUUGGAUUGCUAAAAUGAUUUUGCUUUCUGGAUCUUUGACGCUUUAAUGAUUGUCCAAGCUGUUUCCCUUAAUAGUAAAAGUCUUUGGCUCGCUCUUCAGAGGCACACUUUAAACUCAAAGUAACAGGGUGAAGCUGGUGGAAGGACUAAAGACAGUCUGUACUUUUAUAAAACAGACUAAACUGUGCUGUGUAAUUGGGGGACAGAUUUUAAUGAUUUGAAAAAGGUAAAGUGUACACUCACACAUUUUUACUAUAAGGAAACAGAAGGAGAUAUAAAGCUGACAGACCAAGAGCCAUAUCAGAGAACCAUAUAUCAUAGAGAUUGUGUUUUGUUUUGUUUUCUUCUUUUCUUUCAUGUACGAUUUUUGCUUUAGGAGUAAAUAAAUUAUUAGGUGAUUUUGAUGUAAAUGUCACAUUUCCCUGUGCUCCGUUAAAAGCAUCUAUUUUUUUUAGACCUCCGGAACAAUGAACACAAAUUGAAUCAUCAUCAAAAGAUUGGUUUAAAGUGAGUAUUUGCCCAAGAGCUGCAAUGUGCUGUCUAAUGCAAAGAAUAGGAAGUGCAACAUACCCAGUACAGGCACAUUUAAUUAAUGAUACAGCUAUAAUAGAGAGAGAAGAGUUUAUAAUAAUUCAGACACUGACCAUUUUGUUUUCAAAUAUAUUGAGGAGAUGCUGAAGAGUUUAUAUGUUUUCUUCUCCUAGGUACUUUGAAGAUUUUGAAAUGCGCAUCCCUCGCAGCGAAAUGGUUCAGAUGCAGGUACAGCUUUGUUUUAUGAUCUCUCAUUAAAAAAAAAAAACGAAAAUGUGGGGGGGGUUAGCCGAGCUACUGAGCUGUCUGCUGCACUGUUACUUACAAGAGACGAAUAUAGCCCUAAUAAUCGAUUUCGGAUGAUACUCACGCAUCCCCCAACAGAGAAUACCAUGGGGCUUAAGCAUAAACGACGCCCACGCUUGGAGACGAACACACAGCCAGACAUCAGGCUCUCCUUUUGAGAGGCCUUCCCCGAUGGUGUCUUCCAAAAUCGCAUCCGAGGCCCAACACAGCCCAGAGCUCUUGGAGGAAGAGGAGCAUAGUUAAUCACCUGGUUCUGGCAGUGUUUACCACUCCUCAGGGUCUGACGAUAACUCCUCUCCCGCCACGAAGGGUGACAUCAAAAGGCUGCUAAUUGAUAUGAGGCACGUGUGGAAAGCAGAUCCCCAGACGACUCAGGCCGAGAUUGGUGAAGUCCAAAAAAAGAGUACAGGCAGUGGAGUAGAGGGAAAUCUCUAGACACACUCAACUCCAGGAGACUAAGAGUCAGCUAGAAAAGCUCAAAGGCCAGGUCCAACAGCUAAAUCAGGCGGUGGUCCUACUGGAGACCCGGCACUGAUGCCGAAAUGUAGGCAUAUGGGGAAUAGCCGAGGAGGUGGGAGGGGUGGAAUUGCUUUCGUUUGUGCGGAGCUUGAUCGCUUCUAUGGGUCUCAGAGAGAAUUCUAAUCUGUCAUAUAUCACAUCAUCUUUCUGCAUCCACAAGCCCGCAACCGCUCCUAUAGGAGCAGCUAGGGACAUAAUAGCUGUUACCAGAGACAUAACGAUGAGAUCUGCCAUAAUGAAUCGCUCCAGAAACAUGGGCACAUUGCUCUUUGAGGGGCAUUCUGCAACGCUUUACAGCGACCUUCCAUUCCCCGUUCUUACAGUAAAGAGAAAGUUGACUCUGGUUGCCAGGAGUCUAUAUAUGACCAUUCCAUUAAAUAUCGCUGGAGAGCGGAGGGAUUUCUGCUGAAAGUGCAGAAACACUCACUCACUCUUCCACUGACGACGCAGGAGCACUCUUUCGUACUUUGGGCCUAACGACCCUACCAAGAAAGGAAAAAGAAGCACUGGAGACAUUGCCACCAAGGGCCAAUAAUCCUGGAGAAGGCAACUCUAGACCUGUUAAGGGACUAGAUAGUGGUACCAUACGCAAGCUAUUUUCAAGGCCUUAGUGGGCCAAUAACAUCCAGGCCACUAUAGAUAGUUUUAUAGCAUGCGUUUUGGAAUAUCUGUGUGUGCAUAUAAUUUUACCCAUCACUUUACCAUAGGCAAUGUUAGCUAUCUCCUUGAGUUUUAAUCCACGUGUAAUGUUUAUAUUCUCUAUUCCCAUAACAUGUCUUGUAUUUUGAUUUUAACAUUCUCAGAUAUUGGCAAAGUUGUAUACUAAGUAUAUAAACACUAAUACAAUACAAAUAAAGUACAUUUUAAAAUUUAGAAGCAAUGCAACCUAGUCAAUUUUAGGGGAGAUACCUAAAUAGGUAGCCUAGCACUACACUAUUAGGAAUGUAUUUGUAUUCCCUACACCCUAGUGUUGCUUUAAUGAUUGUUGAAGUGGAUCGAGUCGAAUGCAUUGAACAGCAUUAUUAUCUUUUAAUGAUAUUUACCCUGCACCAUGGACAUAUGCCUGUGAUCAUCUUGGAUUAUAUUCUAGUAAUCAUCAUCUUGUUAAGUUUUAAAUGAGAAUGUAUACAUCAUAUGGUUUUGUUUCUUUUCCAUUGUAUUUAUAUGAGCACAUAUGCAUAAAUGUACUUCUAUAUUCACAUAUUAAUAUACAAAAAUAUAUAUAUUUUUUAAAAUAAACCUCUGUCGUACAGAAUUUGCUGCUUUUCUUAUGUAAAAACCUAAGAUGAAUGCAUGUCUUUCUAAUGAUAUAUUUUUCUGUGUAGGAUAUUGUUUUAAAAGAGGUGAAUGAGCUGGAUGCAAAGUACAUUGCCACAGUGUGUGGAAGCUUCAGGCGGGGUGAGCUUAUAUCUUUCUUUGUCUAAAUCCCAAAUAUUGCUAUUGCACAGUUGUAUCAUUAAAGUAUAGUGCAUUUGGACUCCUGAACUGUAUUAAUAUUUGAUUAUGAAUACCUCAUGAUGCAAAGCAUAUAUCAUUGAUCAUAAUGGUCAAGUAUAUAUCACACUGCCCAAUAACAUAUUAGGUUAAAAUGUACCUCCUGUCAAGCUCUGAGAAUGGUGCCAUCACACUGCCUUUCUCGGUUCUACACUAACAUGACACCAACCCUCAGCUCAGUCAUGUUAGCGAUGGCGGGAGGUGGAGAGUGCCUGUGACAGAGUAGAAGAACUACCUGUGUAAUGUGUACCACUAAAACACAUAUUCCUUGCGUAGUUACAGCUCAUUUAAAGUCCCUAUGUGAUUAGUAUAUGGUAGAAAUUAAAUGGAUACUCUAAGCCAGGCAUAGGCAACCUUCGGCACUGCAGAUGUUUUGGACUAUAUCUCCCAUGAUGCUUUGCCAGCAUUAUGGGGGAUGUAGUCCACAACAUCUGGAGUGCCGAAGCCUGCCUACCCUUGCUCUAAGAAAGUCCUAGCCACAUCUCACCGAGCAUCCCCACCAAGUGAUUUCACACCUAAAUGGCAGAGAAUUGAACCAAACUGCAGGGGCAUGAUCUAUACACCAAACCUGCUUCAUUAAGCUAAAGUUGUUUUUGGUGCUUAAAGUAUCCUUUUGAGCAUCACAAAAAAAGAUAAUUGAUUAUGGUGCAAAUAACUUAUUGUACUAAUGCAAUAUAUGGAAAAUAAAAGAUUACAAACAAAUAAAAAACCCUCACAAAUUUAAUGCUUUUAGUCCACUGAGAACAGGUAGAAGCUUGGUUUAGUGAUUAAUUUAGAUCAGCGGUAGGCAACCUUGACACUCCAUUAUACUCUUACAGCUAAAAUGAUAGCAAACCAUCAGGGAAGCAUAGUUUACAGCAUCUGGAAUGUCAAAGGUUGCCUAAUCCUGGCUUACAUAAAACAAGUGAUGGUUUCUACAGGUAAAAUUAUCAGCAGGUGUUUUUCUAUGUGGCAGACUGUGUAUCUAUUGGUUUUGUGGCUUAAAGGGACACUAUAGGCACUAUAACAACUUAUUUUAUUUGUUUUGUUAUUUAGUUCUUUGGAUCACUAAUUAGAGGGUUUGGAAGCGCAGCUUCAAGCCCUCUGAAAAUGAGCCAUGACUCUCUUACUUCCCAACUAUAAUACUGUUAUAUACUGUGAUGUCACGUGCCCAUGUGCAGUACCGUCAACGUCGGCCAUAGAGAAUCGCUAUAUUCAAUGAUUCUCUAUGGCAGAAAUGUGUUCUCUCCCAAGGAGCAUCUCUAAUAGGAGCAUUAGAUUCGCCCAUCAUCCUGGCAGCAUGCUUCCAGAAUGAUGCAACCCGAGGAGGAGGUCGUGGCAGCUAGAGAUAAGGUGAGUAAUUGAUAAGGGGCAUCAGAGCUGCAGCACUAGGAAUACAGAUAUGUAUUCCUACAUCUACAGUGUACCUUAGUAAUAUGUUUGCUAUACUAUGAAUUACACAGUUAUGGGUUCCCUGUCAGAAGUGCGGUACACUUUCAUAGUGUUCAACAGUUUUAUUUAUGUAUUUUCUUGCAAUUUUACACAUAACUAAAUUUGGAAUCUGUAGUACAAUUUUUGUCCCAGUCAUGUGGAUGUGACUUCAGAAUCCAGUACUGGUCCUUAAAAACAGACAUGAACAUGUUUUCUAAUUUCUUUCUGUAAAGAUAUUUCAUAUUCUACAAAUGUUUAUAUUCCUUAUGUUUAAUUCAUCAGGUGCAGAAUCCAGUGGGGAUAUGGAUAUUCUUCUAACGCAUCCAAAUUUCACGUCACAGUCUACCAAACAGGUCCGUAAUCUAUCUAUUUAUUUUUUUUUAAAGUUGAUCUUGGGAGCAUAGAGAAACAAAAAAUGUAGCACGUCCAAAAGUGGCCUAAUUUAUUAAAUCUGAAAAUUAUGCAUGGCCGUACAGACCGAAUGUACUGAACCAAAGUGAAUAUGUAGCAUGCCCGAAUGUAGGCCAGAUGUUCUGACCGACCGUGAAUAUGUAGCGUGGCCGAAUGUACUGAACCAAGUUAAUAUGUAACACAGCCAAACGGACGCCGAAUGUACUGAAAGCAUAGUGAAUAGGUAGUGUGGCUGAACGUAGACCAGAUGUACUAAACAUCAUGAAUAUGUAGUGUGGCAAAAUGUACAUGUGUAUGUCACGUGGCUUCUUACCAUGUCGUGGAUGCCGCUCAGGUCUGCCUCCCAUGUGGCCCCUUCUCUCUGUGGCAUUCUAGUAUAUGCUAACUGCUUCUCGACUGAGCCGUUUGUACCCUCUGAUAGAGUUAGUGACACAAAAGUGCUUGUGUCAACGGUGCACACACGUUUUGGCAUCACGAGGCGGUACUGACCUCUUAUGGCUAACUUGUUUUGGCUUUCCUUCUGACACCCUGCGUGGUGUCCAUUUACUUAUUAUCAGAGAGCACGUUAAUCUUGAAUUACUCCUUAGCUUUUUAGACCUUGGCUUAUUAUUGACUAUUCUUCUUUCUACUAUCCUUGACCUUUUGGCCUGUCUCAUUCUGUAUCUCUGACUUUGGCUUGUCUGAGACUAUUCUAUUUUGACAUUAAGUCCGGCCACUCUAAGGCCCAGUAAUACGUAUUUUUUAUUCGCAAUUAUUUUAUCUUUAGUCACUACUAAGGCACUGUGUGUUCUUUUAUCUUGACAAUAUGUAGAGCAGUUUAGGCUGAAUGUACUGAACCACAGUGUAUAUGUAGCAUGGCCGAACAUAGGCUGAAUGCAUGGAACUACAGUGAAUAUGUAACAUGGCCCAGCGAAAUACUGCAGGUCUCCACCGCACAGACUGUCCCAUAUAAGUUCAUACAGAAUAAUACUCAUAUAGCAAUGUUAUUCGUAUUGGCACCUAGGCCCAGUAGGGGUCUUGACAUGAUGUUUAGCAUAAAGUAGUAGCUAAUGAAACACUCUGAACAAAAUGGCCUAGCACAGUAUGUUGACUGAUCAGCGAAUAUGCAGACUAAGCCUAAAUAUAGUUUUAAGCAUACACUUUAAAGCCGAUUACGUAAGCAGAAUAUAACAGACUUCAUGUGGUCAGACAUUAUUGUAUAGCCGGUUGUGUUUUCUAAAUUUUAUUAAUCUUAAUGCUACAGCCUAGGCCCAACAAACGUGCGACCUAGUAUAACCUGCAGUUUAAAGUUGCAGACAGUUCCUAGUACAAGCCUGUAGUACUCACUUGAAUUUAUACCUAUGCAUAGUCAAUGAUGUCAUCAGAUCAGCAAACGUGCAACAUAAGCCUAAUUAUGGUUUUAAGCAUACACUAUGAAGUCGGUGACUUCAGCAGAAUGAUAGAAUUCAUGUGGUCAGAUGUUACUGUAUAGCCUGUUGUGUUUUUUUUUCUUUUCUUAAUUUUAUUAAUCUUAAUGCUAUAUGCAUAAUCUAUGAUGUCAACUGACCAGCAAACGUGCAGACUAAGCCUAAUUAUAGUAUUAAGCAUCCACUUUGAAGUCGAUGACUUAAGCAGAAUAGGAUAGAAUUCAAGUGGUCAGACGUUUUUGUAUAGCCUGUUGUUUAGACUGUAUCUAAUGUGCCAAGAAUUGGGCAAAGUCCUGCUAUAGCCUAAUCUUACUUAAACUAACAGUAAAAAUGUGCAAGAACUAAUAUAUACCUCACUGUACUUAAUGUUUGAAAAAAGCAUGAGGAUUGCCUUUGGGGUACCGCAUGCACGUUCUGUUAAGUUUCUUUGCACUACAAAAAUAAAGAAUAAAAAAAAAAAAAAAAAAAAAAUAUGUAACAUGGCCAAAUGUAAAAUGUUAAAGUGGCACUGUAGGGACUACUAGGGAGUUAAGUGUCAAUCCCAACAGCCGCCAUCAGUGACGGCUGCAGGGUUCCUCCAUACAACUAUGACGUCCACUCUGAAAAGAACCUGCGGGAGCAAGAUGACUGCGCCUGUGGGGGACAGCUUCAGAUAAGUAAAUCUCACCUUUACUUGCAUAUUCAGUGGGUGAGGUGGGUUUUCUGCAAACCGCUUGGUAGUGAAAGAGUUAAGAGGUUUUUCCUUGCUGUUGGAGGAAAGCUUACAUCUUUUGACCAUAAAUUAGUACAAAAAUGUGUACUGUGUGGAUCAUUAUUAUACUUACCAUUUAUUUAAAGUUUGGUAAAUUUCUCAUCAUGUCUGAUUGGAUUAUCGUGGGUAUGCAUAAUGACUGUCAUUACUAAUUUGGUAUCCAUGUCCCCCCAUUAAAGUCCCUACGUGUACUUUAAUGUUUUAAUCUUAAUCUUUAAUCUUUUAACCUAAAACCUUGACAAUUGACUGUAUAAUUGUACACCUUGUUGCCACUACAGAAUCUCUAUAUUUUUAAGCUUGUAUAAAGUAAUUUGUUGAACUUUGCGUUAAGUAAAUUGAAGCUUUUGCUUUAAAUGAAAAUGCAGUAUAUUUUUCAAUCACAUGAAUACUUUGACUAACACAUUUGUGGUUAACCAUAGAUUGUCCAUAAAUGGAAUUUAACAAGAAAUAUCAUGGAUAAAACAAUGGGUAAUAUAACAAAACAAAAUAGCCCCUGCCUUUUACACAGUGCAUCACUGUUCCUCAGAGAUACGUGCUCCUUAGUUUGACUAAGCAGUAAUGAGAAAACCAAAUAAAACUGUACCGAGUUCUGCUUUAUAAAAUAGUUACGUAUUUUGUUGUUAUGCAGGUAAUCUAAGAAAAUGAAACAAUAUGAGGAUUAUGUUAUUUCUAAACGAUCUAUAUUUAUAUACUCUACUCCCCAGCCUCACCUAUUGCACCAAGUAGUGCAGUGCUUGGAGGAGUGUGGAUUCAUUACAGACACACUGGUGAAGGGAGACACCAAAUUCAUGGUAAGUCUGCUAACCAAGGCAGCUAGCAACUGAAUUUAUCUUUUUGAAGCUGAGGGCCUGCUUUAAUCAGGCAUUUAAUUUGCAAUUGGUUUUUCCUACAGGGUGUUGGCCAGCUGCCAUCUGAUGGAGAUAAAGUACAUCCAUUCCGCAGAAUUGACAUAAGGUAAGUGAAGUUCUUCUUCCUGGGGCCAUCUCUCCUGUUGAGCUCAGGUUUUGUUCAUCCUGUUCAUUUUGAUAUUGAAGAGACAAGGACUUGUUGGUCAGGGCUGGGUCCUAUCCUGAGCAUCAAUAUUGUUAAAGACCUUGGACCACUCCACAGAGGGCAGUGGUAAGAGGACGAGUGAGUAGAACAUUAGCAAAUUGCCAUUAUAUGAGUAAAUAUUCAGGAAAGGCUGAGGAAACCUGAAGAAAUGUCCACUCGCUAUUGAAAAUGUUGUAUAGGUAAGGUACAAUGGGCCCCUAUUUUGUUUACCUGUCUGGUGCCAGUGAUCAGUUUAUGCAUAUCACUUGCAUUUUGAACUCUCCCACAAGUAUCUGCUGCAGCUUAUGUGAAGUAAAGCAAAUUAUUGAAUGCACUACUAAUACAAAUUAGAUUUGUUUAGUUUUAAGACUUUGGCGCACAAUGACAAUUUUUUUUUUUUAAUUUAGAAUUUUAAACAAAUACAUGUGUUUAAGAGGAUUAUAUAAGCACCCAUGCCACUUUACCUCAUUGGAGUGAUCUGGGUGCACUGUCCCUGCCCUCUUAGCCCUGCAAUGUAAAACCUUUAUAUUGCAGGGUUAACGCUGAAUUUAGGCACCUUCUUUUGUUUCACUGAAACAGCAGGAAGUGCCUGCUGUUCACAUCUGUGAAAUGAUGCUGAACUUCCUCCCGCAUUAGGACGUCCAGCGUCAUCUAAGUCACCAAAGGAAAGCAUUGAGUCAGUUUUUUUCCUAUUGGGAAGGCCUAAGGCGCAUGCCACCCAUGUGCAUUAGGUUUUCACCCAUCAGCUAAUGUCAUAGAAGGUGGAGCCCAAUGCAGCGCCGGGUGAUUUCAUAAUAGAAUCAGGAAAAUGUUUAAAUGGUUAUUUAACCCUUUGAUGGCUGCGGAGGCAGAGGGACACUUUAAUGUUAGGAAUACAGUUUUGUAUUCUUAACACUAUAGUGUUCCUGUAAUAAAUAUUAAUAUGGGGGUUAUCAGGGCAGGAGGAGUAAUCAAUACUGCUCUUUAUAAAUAAUAUACUCAUGAUGCAUCUUGUAUAAAGUAUACAAUUUUUACGAUCGAGGAACAUAAAUCAGUAGAAGUCAAGGCUAUCUCAUUGGUUUGUGUUUGACAAACUCGUAUAUCAGAGGCAGCCCUCAUAAAACAAACUAAAACUAGUCCACUAUAAAAAAAAAAACGUGCACUCGUGUGUUUGCCUCUUUCUGAUGGUUGUUCCUUUUGAAGGUUUUACAAGUGAGAAUUCAAAUUGCAUUUCAUGUUUAAGGCCAAAGUAGCUGAUAUUAAUGCAUAGCUGAAUUGGAAAGAAAUUCUGGUUCAGCUGUUUUGACCUUACACUUUCGAAAUCUCACUUCAGUGAAUAACUGUUAGUAAUGGGCAUUUGAGGAUGUUUUAUAGGAGCUUAGCAUUAUAGCAGUCAUUGUUUUUACUUGACACUUUGCACUAGAAGGGCAAAUAUCAUUGCUAUAUACAACUAAAGCACUUUAGCUUGCUGUAGUGCUUUAUGAGUGAAGAGUGUGUCGUUAUAUUUUUCAUUGGCACUUUUAUAAAUUAACGAUCAGUACAAUGGAGGGCACAUUUUACAAACUGUUGAAAUAAAAAUUGAGACUCCAGACACACAAAGCACUUUAGAAAGCCUUUAACUAUCUUCUGUGAUAAGUGUUCUUUGUGGAAUAAAGACGCUAGGAUUAUCUUUUUUAGAGUUGCUGCUCUUUCUUCCAUAUUACAUCCUACAACUUUUCUUUUUCUGUUUCUUGUUAGAUUGAUUCCAAAAGACCAGUAUUACUGUGGGGUUCUCUAUUUCACUGGCAGUGAUAUUUUCAACAAGAAUAUGCGUUCUCAUGCUCUGGAUCAAGGCUUUACUUUAAAUGAAUACACUCUUCGUCCGCUUGGAGUCACAGGUUUGUUUAGGAAUACUAGGAGACCGUGGUACUCUCCAGUUUGUCUUAAAAAUGCUAGUAAAUUAUUUCUGUAUGCCCUUAGUAAGGUGAAUCAGAUGUUGUUUUUAGGGUAAUACUGUGCCCCUGCAUGUAUCCUGGCACCUGUAAUGCUCCUAAUACUUUGUACAGUGUCCGAUGCUGUCAAGCAGUUCUCUCUGGCUGUUCCUACAGUGAGACAUAUAGUUCUUAUACCAAUUGCAAGUGAAACAAAGUAAUCUAUUCUGUACACUUCCACAAACAUUUUGAGUAUUUCCCUUUCUAAAUUUAAAAAAAAAAAAAUGUUUUUGGGAAUUUUAAUGUGACAAUGUUGGUAUAUAUCUAUUUCUACUAACUGAAUUGUGUAAUUACCAUUAGAUCUUUCAGUCCAGAAAUUGUGUACCCACAAUAUUCUGUACAUGCAGGCUUGACAAAUUGUUUAUCCACUUAACCAGCAAUUGUGUAGAAUUGACAAGUCAGUUUCACAUUUAGACCAUUUAGCUCUCUGCUAUUCUCUCGUGGUUAAUUUGACGGUCACUGAUUACGUUUUCUUCUCUCAUUGCAGGGAUAGCUGGAGAGGCUCUCCCUAUAGAUAGCGAGAAAGACAUCUUUGACUACAUCCAGUAUAGAUACCGUGAGCCACAUGAGCGGAGCGAAUGAAUUGAAAAUAUCUGCACUAAUACAUUUCAUUUCCUGAUUGUUACUGUUCUCCAUAUGUAACCCUCCAGUGGUGAACAAUACAUUAGUUGUAUGCAUUCAUGAGUUAUAGGUAUCUUACAGAAACAAUGAUUUAUUUGAGUGUGUAUGUGUGACUCCAUUUAAUCCUUAAUGGACUAUAUACGGUUGUUUUACAUUUUAAGUGACCAUAUUGUUUGGAGGGAGGGUUUCCCUCUUGGGGAGAGGGUGUUUGUUUGUUUUUUAAAAAGAGAUGUCUCGUUAUAGUAAUCAUGCAAUGAUAUUAUCUCCAAAGACAGUGUUCACCACAUCUGAUAAUCAGCAGAGAUAUAACCCGUUGUCAUUCUAGGAGUAAUGUUCUUGUGAUGUUCUCAUAGAAGAGGCAGGUGCUGAUAACUUCAUAUGUUUUUACAUGUAAGCUUAAAGGAACACUUAAGGCACCAACACAACUUUUAGCCUACCUGUUUAGAUUUAGCUUCCUUAAUGAAUGAAUGAAUUGAAAAGGUAGUUUUACUUGAACCAAUCUCAGUGCAGCUACACAACCUCUCCGGCUGAGACCAUCAGCCUUGAUGAUAUUAGCCAAUCCAAUUCUUCCCUAUUGGGAAGCAUUAGGAGGCAAGUGUUCAUGCGAACCAAAUACUCAGAAUCACUACAGUAAUCUUUACUGGUUCUGGUAACUAUAGUGGCCAUUUAAGCAUCUGUCCAGUGGGAGCUGGGCUGUGGGUGACAAUUUCUUAGCGCCGAAGGAUUCCAGGCAUUGGAACUAUAAAAUAAAUUGUUAUAGCACUCAGUGUGUCCCUUUGAAAGCUGGAAAAAUGAACUACAUUUUCUAGAAAUACUAAAGAAAUACUCAACGGUCUGCUGUAAAGAUAUUGCAUCAUUAUGAUUGGCUGAUCAUUUCCUUGUCUGGGCAAGGAUCACUGCUGAAAGUUUAAAGACUGUGAAUUAAUUACAGGUGCAGCAACUUCAAAUAUGAGGUUUGGGGGGUUUUUUUUUCGUUGUGAUCAGUCCCACCCAUAUGGACAUAUUUAUUCCGUGAGAGGAUUUGAAUGCCUGUCAUUUUUCAUGUGGGUAUUAUUUUAGGAUAGCCACAAAGCUUUUUGUUUACAUUUGAAGCUUAUUGUAUUUUAAAAUAUUUGUAUCUUAUGGAAGCCAAUAAGCUAAGGGAAUGUAGCUGCUAAACAGAACUCUCAUUAUGAUGGAGAUUUUCUACAUUUCUUGUGUGAUGUUAAUAGAGGUCAUAAUUAUGAAGGCUUUAUGGCGUUUUAACAAGACAUGCUCUUAUUUGUCUUGCUUUUAGAUUUCAAAGGCCCAGAACCUUCCUAUUUAUAUGUGCUUUGUUAAUGUAAUCUAAAUUACUGUAACAUGAGGCUCAAUAUUGCUAAAUAUUUUCCUGUUAGUACAGGUGCUGGGUUGGUGAAUUUCUUAUUAAAACCAUGAGAUUGCUAUUAAAUGUAUCCCCCUUUUAGUCCUUGUGU